AACUGCUUCUCAGAUGCCUGGCGACUGCACUAGUGAUCGGUUGUGUUGUGGUUUUGCUCUUCGUUUGUUGUUUCGCUCUCGUUCGCGCCGCUGUUUGUACGCCCAAUCUGCACCUCCUCCGCCCGUUGGCUGCGAUCACUUCGGACGUCACCGCCAGACGUGUCGCGUCGCUCGAUUGAUUAUUGCAAAAAACAAGAAAAGCUUCGAGUACGUCGUAUCUAAAAUUUCUCACCAAAGACUUAAUCCGGAAUGACGUCGGCGAUGUCGAAGUGUCCGCGCCCUCUGAAAAUCACAAUCGUGGGCGAUGGCAUGGUUGGUAAAACCUGCAUGCUGAUAACCUACACACAAAACGAAUUCCCCGAGGAGUAUAUACCGACAGUGUUCGAUAACCAUGCCUGCAACAUCGCAGUGGAUGAUCGGGAGUACAACCUAACGCUCUGGGACACGGCUGGGCAGGAGGACUACGAAAGACUUCGACCGUUGAGCUAUCCAAAUACGAACUGCUUUCUGUUGUGCUAUUCGAUCAGCAGUCGCACCUCUUUCGAGAACAUCAAGAGCAAAUGGUGGCCAGAGAUUCGUCACUUCUCAAGCAACGUGCCAGUGGUGCUGGUGGGCACUAAGCUGGACUUGCGCAUACCGAACUCGGAGAAGUUUGUCACCACACAAGAGGGGAAACGAUUGCGCAAGGAGAUCCAUGCAUCCAACCUGGUCGAGUGCUCUGCCAAGAAGAAACAGAACUUGCAGCAAGUCUUCGAGGAGGCUGUCCGCGCCGUCGAAAAGAAGCCAAGGUCGUCACCCAAGCCAUCCUGCACACUACUGUGAACUAAGUGUACGAUUAAUGUUUAAUAUUGUUAUUAUACGUAAUGUAUUAUGUAACUAA